AUGGAGGAACUUUGUUAUGGCUUCGAGCAGGAAGACUCCACUCUUGAAUUUCUCUUCUGGGACCAGACAGAUCCCAACACUGAGUUGGACACCGUCCUACCGGACUGCUCCUCCCUGGCAGAGCGGGAGGGGGGUGCUGAACUGGACAGCUCCCCGCUGCCGCCGCCCGCCGGCCACCUCCGCCAGCGCCAGGCCGCCAACGUCCGCGAGAGGAAGAGGAUGCUCAACAUCAACUCGGCCUUCGACCAGCUCAGGUGCCACGUACCAACCUUCCCGUACGAGAAGCGCCUCUCCAAAAUCGACACGCUCCGGUUGGCCAUUGCCUACAUCGCUCUCCUUGGCGAGAUCCUCCUCUCCGGGUGCGACCCCAAAUCCUACGUGGAGCGGUGCCUGAAGAACGGUUUGCAAAGCCAAGAGCAGGCAACCUGGAAUACAAGUGAUCUUACAGCCCGUCUGUCUUGGGUAAAGUGGGAUUAA